AAAACUCUACUUUUGGUUUGUUGAUAUUUUUGUUGUCAGGAGAAAAAACUUAUAAGAGAAUGAAAUAUAUCAAUUAUCGAGCACUCUCUAGAAUCUUGCAAAACUUGAGAAUUAAGUAUGAAUCACAGAUGUCAACAAGUAAAUGGAGUGUGAGGACAUCACAAGAAACUUCACCAAGCUACCCACUCGACUCUGGUUUGCGACAUUACAGCAAGACAUCAAUAACAAGAUGCAUCCAAAACAAUGAGCCAAAAGCAGAAAGACCCAGAGCUCAAACAACAAUAGAUCAGGAAGAAAUUGACAGAUUUUCAGCUUUAGCUCAACUAUGGUGGGAUGAAAGUGGUGAAUUCGAAGCCCUUCAUACUAUGAACGAACUGAGAGUGCCCUUGAUAACUGACUCUUUAAUUGAACAGAAUACAAAAGCCUCAGGAAAGAAAGAUGUGAAAAUUGACCAACCAUUGGAAGGUUUUAAGAUAUUAGAUGUUGGUAGUGGUGGUGGAAUUCUUACAGAGCCUCUAGGAAGAUUGGGAGCCUUUGUUAUUGGUGUUGAUGCUUCAGAAGAAAAUAUUAAAAUAGCACAAGCUCAUGUCAUGCAUGAUGAAAAGUUAGCAAGGAAUAUCAAAUAUAUUUGUGCCACUGUAGAGGAUAUGGUGGAAACAGAAGAGAGAUCAUUUGAUGCAGUUAUUGCUUCUGAAGUAGUAGAACAUGUGGCAGAUAGAGAUAUGUUUCUGAAAGCUUGUUGUAAACUGGUUAAGCCAGGUGGAUCUCUAUUUUUAACAACAUUAAAUAAAACAAGAAUGUCUUAUUUAGCUGUUGUAGCAUCAGAAAGGGUAUUAAAUCUUGUUGCUAGAGGUACACAUGAUUGGAAUAAAUUUGUUUCUCCAGAAGAAGUACAGUAUACUUUAACUCAAAAUGGAUUAUCAACACGUUUGGUACAUGGUAUGAUGUAUAAUCCAUUAAGCAAAAGAUGGAGGUGGAUUAAAGAUACAAGUAUUAAUUAUGCUAUACAUGCUGUUUGUACAGAUGAAGCCUUACAGUUAAAUAAAGUAACUGUGGAAUAAGUCAUCUCAUGAUCAGUGGCUUUUGACGUUUAAUUAAAUGUUCUUGACAAGAAGAACAUGGAAAAUUAAGGAAAUUGUGGAGAUUUCCCCUUCAGAACUUGGUUUAAAACAUAAAGUAUUGAAAGUAUUGUUGCAGAAAAUUGGUUGAAGUGGUUUAAAAUGUACACACCAGAUCAAGGGUGUCCUAAAGGAAAGUUCUUCUUCAUUUGUUCUAAGUAAAAAUAUUACUAACUAGAUCAAGAUAUCUGAAUAAAGAGAACACAAAAUAAUAACAAUAAACUUUUUAUUUCAAAAUUUUGUGUAUAAUUUAGUAAAGAAUAAUGAGGUAUUACAUUUUGUAAAAUAUUGAGUUUUUCUUCUCUAGAUAUUCUUACUGUUGUGUGACUUAAAAGUCAUUAGAUAUGCAAAUUCAAACAAAAUAUAUUCUGAAACAGCAGACAUCAAUGAAUAAUGAUUGAUUUCAGACCAAAUGGAAAUAGGAAAUUUCAUUACAAAGAUUCGACUUAACAGAUUAUAUCUAAGAACUUUAAAAAUUUCGAAACAUUCCAAACCGAUGCGUGAAUGAAUACUAAAUACAAUUUUCCCAUACCUUUAACAUAUCAUAUAUAUCCUGAGAAUUCCAUGACAACUUGUAUUCUGAGAAAAAAACUCAAGAAAUAGCUGACAAUCUUGUCAUUCUGACACAAUUGUCUCUUGUUUUUCAACUACAGCAAUAAAUAAUACGAUUGAUUUAUAUGAAAAGAAAAAAGAAACAAAGAAUUUAGUGUUUCUAAAAAUAUUAACUCUAGGUCUGGUAGAUUAGUUGUUUGUUAUAAAUAGCUAAUAAAGUAAGAAGAAUGAAGUAACAGAACCACUAUUAAAUGUUCACUUUACCAUGUGCUUAAAAACACAAAUAACAUACAUUUAAACAAUAUAAAUUCAUUUUUGGGUUGUUGCAAACCUUUUUAUAUAUAUUAAUCUUAUUAUAGAUUUUACAGAAUGGAGUCAAAUCUACUUUUUACAUGUGACAAAUUCAAAUUUUAUCUUGAUAAUAAACUGCAGAAUUCAUACACAAACAACUAUGUAGAAAUAACAAACAUGCGUUAAGUAAUUUGAUUUUUCU